CUUUAUUUUCCUUACUAUUAUGGGGACCGUUAAAUUUAGUUUGAACCUGCUUGUUGACCCCAAGUGCCAUAGAGUUCUGUUUGCUGAAGCUGAGAAUGACUUUGUAGAUUUCCUCUUGAGCCUACUCUCUAUGCCACUUGGCACUAUUACUAAUCUCCUUUCUAGUGAAGCUAUGAUUGGUUCCAUUGGGAACAUAUACCACAGUAUUGAGAACAUAGAUGGAGCUUAUAUGCUGUCAAAUGAAAGCAAGAUCCAAGUCCUGACAACAAGGAAAGAUAAAAUAUCAGCUAGAAAUUUCUAUACUUGCCAGAGUCACCGAAUUGUGUCUAUUAAGUAUGGGGAAAAUUGCCCACGUUACAGUUUCUGUGGGACGUCAAUGACUAAGGAAAUCACAUAUGUUGGUUAUGGUAAUGUCUGUGCAAGAGGAUAUGUUCAAGGCUUAGUGACCUACAUGGUCACUGAUGAUCUUUCUACCACACCAAUGUCAGCAAUCACAGGAAUCUCAGUGCUGAAAAAGUUCAAGGCCUCAAAGUUUGAUGCCCUUGAAGAGAGGGUGGUUGAGUUUACGAUUCCUGAUGUGGAGCUGGAAUUUUUGGAGGCAUCUCUGAAGUCAAAGGAAGUUCUCACUGAUGUGUUUCUGCGGAAGCAAUGGCCAUUUACUGUAGGUGGAACACCUGCAACGGGAAAGGGUAUUGCUCUGAAGCUUCUUGUUGAUACCAGAGCUGAUAAAGUUCUCUUUGCUGAAGCCAGAAAAGACUUUGUUGAUUUCCUUUGCCAUCUCCUUUUACUCCCACUUGGAAAUGUUAUUAAGAAGCUUACCACUAGUGUCCCAGAGAAAUCCAUGGUGGGCUGUAUUGGAAAUGUAUACCAGAGUUAUAAAAAUCUUGCUAAAGAUUAUAUGCUGCCUAAUAAAAUAAAGGACACAUUGUUGAACCCUGAUGUGGCAAAGGUGGUUUGUAGUGUUCCACUUUUGUGGUCCAAUAAUUCUGGUUCUGCUUACCCCAAAAAGUUAUAUGGUUGUACAAACAGCUAUGACCGUUAUUUUACAGAUGAGUGUGGCUAUCCUUGUCCUUCUUGCCGCAACCCAAUGAAGGAAAGUGUGGAAUCUUGUAUUUCAGAUGAUGAAAAAAGUUAUGUUAAGGGAUUGGCACGGUAUAUGGUAACUGAUGAUUUGUGUAUUACACCGUUGUCUAUGGUAUCCUGCAUCCCUGUGUUGAAUAUGUGGAGUGCUGAACAUCCUGCUAAGCUCAACGGAAAAGUUGUCGAGUUUGGUGUUGAAGAGGCUUUGAAAUUAUUGAAGGCUUGCCUGCGGGGCAAGAUGGCCCUCAGUGAUGUGUUUCUUGUUAAGGAUGAGGUCAACAAUUUAAGAAAUCAUCAGUAGGCCGGCCGGGCCGGCCUUAUUGUGAUUGAUUCUGGUCUUCUGGCAUGGAUUCCACUUUCUUCUUCUUUUCUUUCUUUAUUUUGUGUGCAUUUUAGAACUUUGAGGUGCUCCCUAUGUAAUCGAAUCAUUUCCUACAUACACUAAUUUCAUUAUAAUAACAUUAAAGUAUCUUUUUAAUUUUA